GGCAAGACUCUUUUAUGUUCUAAAGAAUUUAAAAAAAAUUCAAUCAAUCCAUCCAGUGAUGUUCAUGGAAAUGAACAGACAAAACUUUUAAGACAAGAAUAUGUGAUUGAGAAUCCAAGAAUGUUUCUCUACAUGGAAAUGGAAAAUGUUGGACAAUCUGUAACUUUACUAGACUUUUUCUGUACCAACUAUGACAGACUGUGUCAGUUCCCAUUGAAAGACACUGACUACGAUAGAUUGGAGAAUGAACAUUGUAGUAUGGAGAAAAUCCUAAAAUCCCACCGACAGUGCACAAAAAACAAUUCUGCAAGCAACAAUAAGGAUGGUCAGAUAUAUCAUCCAAAAUAUAUAAAAUGAUGCUCAUCUGGCAACUUCUAUCAUUGCCCAUGGAUAAUACGUAUAAACUCAUUGCUAUAAUGCGAAUAUUAGCUCAUAGGUCCCAGGUUCCGUGCAUUAUUAGCCUGUAUAUCACCGUUAGGGAACUGUAUGAAGAGCACUGAAAACCUUGGCAUUCAAAAUCUAAUAUAUCGUCCAAAUUAACAUGGAAAAUAAACAUAAGGGCAGUCAUGUAUGAAUAAGAUCUUUGGAGAUGACAAUUACAAUUCAUGACAUACACAAACAUAAAACUAUAUAAGAGCGAUGUCGAAUUACGUAAGCCUUGCAUUUGGUUGGUAAUUGCCUCUAAUUAUUGCAAACUCGUCAGAAGUUGCAAAACGAUGAUGCUACUCCUCACGGGAGAGGGAAACAUGAAUGCCAUUACUUCUAAGUGGGGAAUGUUACAUGACCAGUAUAACAAAAGUUUAUGCAAUACAUACAAGACUGAAACUGAAACGAAAAAGGGAAACCAAAUUAGUGAUCUUAUUUGGGAAAGAUUAAAAACUGAGAGUGACGUACU